ACCCUCUUCCAAAACCUAGACCCACGAAAAAUAAUAAUUAAAAUAAGAAAGAAAAAAAAAAGCAUUAGUCUUUAAAAUUGAUAACUACCUCUUCUUCGAUUCAUUAGUCAUUUCUCUCCACCGUCUUGUAAGUUUCUUUCUACACUCUCCCCCAUACCCCCCUUUUGCUUUGCUUCUCAAUCGUCAGAUCAUUAUCUACUACUUCUACAUAACCCAAUAUUGGCCAAUUUAAAGCCCUAAAAUUCCAUUUUCUACACCCAAAAAAAUAAAAAUAAAAAUAAAAAUACCCAUUAUAAGAUAGAAACAGAGGUCAGAAAAUAAAAUGGGAAUAAUGGAGCAGAGAUCAGAAAUAAGGAGAAUGAUUGAGGUUGAUGAACAUGGUGAUGAACUAGAUGAGAAGAUUAAGUGGCCUAUUUGGUUGAAACCUCUUCUUAAAACUAGCUUCUUUGGCCAAUGUAAGAUUCAUCCUGAUGCUCACAAGAGUGAAUGUAAUAUGUAUUGCUUGGAUUGUAUGGACGGAGCACUCUGUUCCGUAUGCUUAUCGUCUCACAAGGAUCACCACGCUAUUCAGAUAAGGCGGUCGUCGUACCACGACGUAAUAAGAGUAACGGAGAUACAGAAGUAUGUGGACAUAGCAGGGAUACAGACAUACAUUAUCAACAGUGCGCGCAUCGUGUUCUUGAAUCAGCGGCCGCAGCCUCGCCCUGGUAAAGGCGUCACCAACACCUGCCUUGUCUGCCACCGCAGCCUUCUUGAUUCCUUCUCCUUUUGCUCUCUUUCUUGCAAGAUAAAUGGGACAUCGAAGAACUUCUGGACCGAUAAGAAGAGGAGGAUCGGAGAAACAGGACAAACGAAUUCAGACUCAGAAGAAUCCUUGAACAAUUAUUACAAUGAUCAAGGGACUGUUGCUUAUAACUAUAAUUACAGUUACAAUUAUAAGAAGAAGUUACAGAGUUUUACACCAUCAACACCACCAAGAACAACUUCUGCAGGCUCAUCCGGGGCAAGUUACAGGUCUGCCAAACGCAGGAAGGGGAUACCGCACAGAGCUCCACUCGGGGCACUUCUCAUACAGUACUGAAUCGAAAGGUCUGAUGAAACUUUUUACCGCGCUGCAAUAUUAAUUACUACUACAUCGUUGCCUGUUUAACACGAUGGGAUAUACAUACACUAGCUCCGUCUGUAAAUUACACGAAACUAAUAGAAGCCGCAGGUACUCCCUCUCGAGUAUUGUAUAUGUACAUAACUACAUAUUAUAGGUAACGUAGUUAGAAAAAGACUUAUAGAAUAUGAAUAGAAGCAACAUGUAUUAAAGUUUUUAAGAGUUUUUUUUGGUU